AAAAACAAAGAAGAAGAAAGAAGAAGAAAAGGAAGAAGAAAGUGGAGGUCAUGUCUGACGCUUGGCUGCCGCAUGGCAGUUGGAAAAUCUCAACUCCUUAAAGUGUUAUAAAUAUGCAACCAGUCCUCAAUCCCCGACAUCGUCGAAGUAAACUGAAAAAGCAUCAUCUAUUGGCUUAAAUUAAAUUCCUCAGCACCCAAUUCUUCUUUUGUCUCAAUUCAAUCCCAAAAGAUGUCGCUGAUUCCAAGCUUCUAUGGCGACCGACGAAGCAACGGUUUCGAUCACUUCGCUCACGACCUCUGGCACCCUCCCAGGGACUUUCCAGUCCGUUCUUCACUUUCCACCUAUUUCCCCGAAUCUUCUCGGGAAGUUUCGGCUUUUGCGAACGACCGGAUCGACUGGAAGGAGACACCAGAAGCCCAUGUUCUCAAGGCGGAUCUUCCGGGGCUCAGGAAAGAGGAAGUGAAGGUGGAGGUCUUAGACGACAGAGUGAUUCAGAUAAGUGGAGAGAGGAACGUGGAGAAGGAGGACAAAAACGACACUUGGCAUAGGGUGGAGUGCAGCAGCGGCAAGUUCGUGCGGCGUUUCAGGCUGCCAGAGCACGCCAAGAUGGGUCAGAUUAAGGCUUCAAUGGAGAAUGGGGUUCUCACUGUCACGGUCCUGAAGGUGGCGACCAAGAAGCCCGAUGUCAAGGCUAUCCAAGUUUCGGGCUGAAUAUAAAUCUGCCUUAACAAGUCAUCUCUCCAAUGCGACAUGUCGUCUACAUAGCAGUAUAAUAAGCGUCCGUGUGAUUUUAUCUUUGUUGGUUGUUUAAAAAUGAGAGUGUUUUGAGUCUUGUCGUUUUCAUGUGUGGAGCUAAUUUCAGUGCUGGAUGUAAUGUUAAGUGAAUGUAAUAAACGUAUUAAUAAUAAAGUUGUUGUUUUCUGCAA